AAAGAGGCGGAUCUCGCACAUCAAAACAAACUUCUUGGAAGUUCCCGCUGCUGACGUCGACUCUUUCUCUGCUGUGGACGUUGUGCAAAGAUGGAUAGCACCACGCACCAGUUCCUGGUCCCGCACCUAGACCAGCAAACCCCGAGAUCUAGCAGUGAUCCUGGCCCACUCAAUAAGAUUGGAGAACCAGAGGCACAGAGUCGGAGUAGAAGCCGAGAGGAGAGUGUAUCUGAAUUCGACAAUGACGGGACAAGCAGUAAUUGUAAUGAUAAAACAGAGAGUGACCUUGAUGGAGAAUUGGAUGAGCUUACCAUCAGAAUUGACCCUCCUGACCUUUUGCCAGGUCAAAGGUCAAGGCUAGAUAGUCUUGUAUCCAAAAAUUGUUCUGUUGCCGAAGCUCAGGCCCAGGCUUUUCUGAAACUACAAGAGGAACUUAUGAAGGCAAAGGAAACUCUACAGUUGAAGGAUGAAGAAGUUGAGCAGUUAUCACGGGUACGAGAAGAGGUCGACAGGGAGAUUACUGAACUUACUGCAAGCUUGUUUGAGGAAGCUAAUGCGAUGGUACAAGAGGCUAAUAUCAAGAGAGCUGCUGCUGAACGAAGAUUAAAGGAAGCAAACGGGAAGAUUGAUGCGUUGCAGGCUGAGAUCGGCGCCCUCAAGAUGCUCGUCCUUACCUCCACACCGAGCAUGCCCGUACCGAAGGAUGCUACUCAGAAGAAACCAUCCCUAUUGAGAAAGUCUAAGAGCAGUCUACGUCUCAGCAUACAGGGACACCAUAGAACACAUAGCCUGCAGGGCCCAAUCACAGCUGAUUGUGGGAUUUCCCCUACUGCUAAUGGGACUUCCCCUAUUACCAACGAUGCAAAAACACCAUCACCUAGCUCAGAGUCUAAAGAGGUUGACACACUGCUCCUGCACAAUUUCCAGAGUUGGAGAGAAGCGCCCUCGCUUGGCGUAGACAAUCCAUUCACUCAGAGGGUAUUCACUGAAGACAUUCAACCAUGUCUGUCCUUCACCAACGCAGACCUGUCAGUGCAGCUGCAGUCAAGUAUUGAGAGGAACCAGCUUUGUAUAGAACCCAUCAGUAUUAAGACUACAGUACCGAGGCGAUGUGCCCUCAGCGAACAGCAGAGGCCGUGCCAUUAUCGUAUCAAACUGAGUGAGAGCGAGAACUCAUGGCAUUCCAUAUGUGCACCAGUUAGAAAUCGGAUAGCGGCUGUUUGUGACUUUUACACCUACCUUCGAUACAUCAAACAAGGCAUUGUCAAGAACGAUGUGGAAAAGAAUUACUGGGAGAUCAUCCGUCUCCGAAAGCAGAUGGGGCUGGCAAAACUUGGUCUGGCAUGAAAGUACUACAUCUCUUCUUCCUGAAAUCCUACCCACCUGUUGUCAUCACCUCAGUGCUAAACGUUUUGCUGCUCGUAGUGAGUUCAUCGGACAAGUGGUCGAUAUCCAUGAUGGAAGAUGCAUUCUUGUUGCCAUGGAAACCAUCUGCGGUGAAUGAUUUACAUGUUCUAUAUGUAAGGAUCUAAUCUCUUGGCAUUCCAGUAGCAACAAGAGCACUCUAAGAGAAUUAAUUUGCUCCUUUGAAGAGAGAGAAUUCCAGGUAUUUGAUAUUUUUCUGUACUAUUGCAUAUUUUGUAUGCAUUUUUAUUACAUGUUGUAUUGAAAGAUUUUACCCAAGUUGUAUUUGUAUAUCAUUUCAUAUCUAAAGAUCGAUAUAUCGAUAUAAAAUGUACUUUAAGGUAAGUAACUUUUGUUUCUUUUACGCAGAUGUACAGAACCUAUGCAAGGGAAAAAUAUUAAUAUAGAAUUGAAUUUUAUUGAAAUAUGUGAAGGCAGUUGCGUGCUUGCUGUGCAGAAUAUGUGCUUCCAUGAUGCACAUAUAUACUUUACAAUUGUAUGCAUUUGAAUGUACUUAUGUGUGUCAUUGACCUGGGGGUGUUUCACAAAGAUUUAAGUAUGACUUAAAUCGCACUUAAAUGCUGACACGUAUCUGAAAUGCAAUGUGCGAUCUAAUUCAUCAAUACGCAGUAGUGCGCGUCCUCUUUGCAUGAUCUGACCAAUGCGGUCAUGGCUUUUAUACCACACGCAACUAGGCAUUUAAGUGCGACUGUAAGUCACACUUAAAUCUGUGUGAAACACCCCCCCCCCCCCCCCCCCGGUUUAUUGACCUUUGGAUUCAGUGUCCAGUAUCAAUGUAAUAGUUGUGAAGUUGGUAUGAUACACAUGGACAGUUUCUUCAGGUUUUUUUUAACAGUUUCAUUUUGUAUUUUUAUCUAUCCUCUCCCUUUCCUUCUCCCUCUGUCUUUAUAUUUCUUUCACCUGAGCUAUUUCUCUUUCUUUUCCCUCUUUUAAAGACUUCUCUCUCAUUUCUUCAGUCGCGCGCUCUCUCUCUCUUACUCGUAUUCUUUUUUCUCUCUCCCCUUCUCUUUCUCUCUCUCCCUUUCUCCUCUAUCUUCUUCCUCCUUUGACACCAUUUAUAUUUUGUUCUCUUUUGCUGCUGUCCUCUAUUUUAUCUUUUUCUAUCUCUCACAAACUCUCUCUGGCCAAACAUGGGUUUUUUAAGCUAACAAUAUUGAUAAAUUUUAAUAUCUUAAAUCAUCACGAUCAUCAAUCGUGGAGCGUUGUGGCCCAGUGGAUUAGUCUUCUGACUUUGAAACAGAGGGUCGUGGGUUCGAAUCCCAGCCAUGGCGUAAUUUCCUUCAGCAAGAAACUCAUCCACAUUGUGCUGCACUCAACCCAGGUGAGGUGAAUGGGUACCCGGUAGGAAGAAAUUCCUUGAAUGCUUGAGCGCCUAGGCAGUUUAGCUAAAGCCGAGGUAAUAAUAAUAGCAGGGCCCGCUGGUAGAACAGUUUUCGAAACUGAAGUGGCUAACCUGGGUAAAUAUACCUAUAUUAUUAUUAUUAUUUUGAUAUUUCUUUUUUCAAAUUUUUUUAUACAUCUCCAAUCUUCCAUCUGUUUCUCAUAUUUUUCUAAACACUCUAUUCACAAAUGUUUGCAGUCGAAUAUGAUAUUGCAAUAAUUUAAUGCUGUAACUCAAUAUACCCAUAAAAUGAUAAAAAGCGUUACUUUCAAGAGUUUUUAUACUAAAUGAUAAUAUAUCAAUUUCAACAAAAGUAUUUCAUUCUUAGCAAUAAAGCAAAUUCCUAUUCAUAAAUAUAUUUUUUUAGUAAAAUAAGUUCACUGUAUCCUUAUAGUGUAAUACUGUUAUUGUAUUUUGGAGGCAAUAGGCAUUGAAGUUAUUUCAUUAUAUACCGUACUUGUUACUAUGGCAGUUGUGUUACCAACAAAGAAACACAAGACUUUUCUUGUUUUUGCUCCUGUACAAAUACUUUUUAAUUCAAUAUUUAAUUAGCUUUAGAACCUCUUAAAUUGGACAUAGAAAUAUCUAGAGCUUUAAUGCAAAGUGCAAAAAAAAUUAUAUAUGUAUAGAUAUCAAUGCACUCAAAUUAAACAAAAGUAGUUCAGCUGAUAUUUUCAUGUACAGAUAUUUCAAUUGAUAAGAAACUAUGCACCUCAAAAUUUAUUUUUAAACACGCUUAACAACUUGCUUUUAGCCUUGCCUGAUUCUGCAGUGUUUGCGGUGCAGGGGUGGAUCCAGCGCCAUUUUAGGGGCUGUAUUAUUUGCGUACAGUAGUCUGGCCCUCUGUUGUUUCUCCAAGGCUGGCUGCGUACAUGUACAUGUGCUGAAACAUUUUGAUGGAUGCACACAAUUUAUGAGUAUUUAGUAGAUAUUAGAUCAUUUUAUUUUUGUAUUCAGUAGACCCUAAGGCCUGUAUUAUGAAGUCUGGUUUCAGUUGGGCCAUGGUCUCUACUAAAAUUAUGGAAAGCCAAAAAAUUUUGAAAUUGUGUUUUCAUCGUAAUUUUCAUUAUGUUUCCUACGUGUAUCCUCAUGCUUUAAUGAUGGAAAAUCAUUCCUUAUUGUCGUUCUCAGACAGUAAUGAAAGACUAGAGUGUCGAAUGAGCUGAUAAACUGAUCAAGUACCAUUAGAGGUUUAUGUUCAAAUUGGCUUUCCAUAGUUGAACCACGACUAUAGACCAGAGUCUAAUUUAAACCUCAGUUUCGAAUACGGGCCUUUAUGUGAAAAUGUAAAAUGGACUUGCCAUGAAUGCAUCUCUACCUGUAUAUUGAGUGUGUGUGUAUGUGUUAGUCUUGUGGAUUGGCUUUUAUGUUACAAUUAAACACAACUAAAAAAUCAGUUGCAUUCUCUCUGCAACUGGCUCCUGAACCAGAAUUAUUUUUUGAAGAUAAAAGUGAAUAUCAAUUUAAAGAAAACAGUGGUUCGAAGUACGCUACUUUAUUUUUUUUGUUACUUACUGGCAUUUUCAGUUAGAUCUUCCAUUUGAUGGAAUUUGCAAAAAGUUUGUUUGUCUGUAAUAAAGGAGAAGUCUCCUUUGAUGUUAAGUUGGAUUUAGUAAAAGCAGGAAAAAUAUAGAUUUUUUCAUUUUUUAAUGGUUUAUGUUGAAAGAAGAUAUUUCUUUCAAAUAAAUGCAUAUUGUGUCAUAAUGCUUUAAUGCACAGGUACAUGGUAAGAUCAUUUUUAACUUCAUGGAUAAACAACACUUUAUGGGAAUCGUGUUACUUGUAAUAUGGGAAUACACCUUACAUGUACCAUAACAAAAAUAACUAUUCCUUUUCAAUAGGAUUUUAAAUUAGAUUUCUCAAUUUUUUGCUUCUAU